ACUUGGUUCUUUCUGAACCACAAUUUGGCAUACAGUUUUUCUCUUCUGAUUUUUUUUGGGUAGAAGGAAUUUAUUUUUCAAUGUCUCAUCCUCCUAUGGUAAUUAGUAUAUAGUUUCCCCAUAAUUUUGAUUUUAACAUUCCUUUCCUUCUAAACUUUGCUUACUUCAUUUGGAUAAUUACAUUUUAUCAUUUUCCUUUAAUGGCUAGUACUUGCAUCAUUAUAUUAUGGGAUGUAACGAUGAUUACAUUGAUAGUUUUUAUGAAUUUAAAACCAGUGUUGGUAAAAGGUGAACAAAAGGUGCCUUGUUUGUUCAUUAUGGGAGACUCUACAUUUGAUAAUGGAAAUAACAAUAAUCUCCUCACUGCUGCAAAGGCUAAUUAUCCACCUUAUGGAAUUGAUUUCCCUGAUGGUCCUACUGGUAGAUUCACCAAUGGCCGCAAUGUAGCAGACUUCAUCGCUGAACUAUUGGGUUUCGAUAGAUAUAUUGAGCCAUUUGCUACUGUGAAGGGUGUGGAGAUGUUUAGAGGCGUAAGUUAUGCAUCUGGUGCUGCUGGAAUUCUUGAUGAAACAGCAAUUCAUGUGGGAGACAGAAUCAGCUUGAAUAGGCAAUUGCGAAAUCACAACGUGACAAUUUCCCACAUGUCUACUCUGCUUGGAAAUAAGACCUUAACUAUGGAGUAUCUAAGCAAAUGUAUAUACAUUGUUCAAAUAGGCAACAAUGACUACAUCAAUAACUACUUGCUGCCUCAGUUGUACCCAUCAAGCCAUAUGUAUAAACCAGAACAGUUUGCUACGCUCCUAAUUCAGCAAUACUCAGAACAAUUAAAGACUUUGUACCUUCACGGAGCAAGAAAAAUUGUUGUCUUCGGGAUAGGAGGCAUAGGCUGUGUUCCAGCAGAAUUGGAUUUGUAUGGGACAGAGGACACUGCGUGUGUCAACUCUAUAGAUAGUGCAGUUCAAAAAUUUUCGGACAAGCUUAAACCAAUGAUCGAUGAUCUCAACAGUGAUUUGCCCGAUGCAAAUUUCAUCUACAUAAAUUCAACAAGCAUUGCAGUAACAGUUCCUUCAUCUGUCGGUAUAACAAACCUACGUGAGCCAUGCUGCGAAAUUUCGGUGACCAAAGGGGAAGGGCAGUGCAAACGUGGAGGAGGUGCAUGCAGUGAUAGAACAGCGCGAUUUUUUUGGGAUGGUUUUCACCCCUCAGAAGCUCCGAAUAAGGUCAUUGCUGAAAGAGCUUACACUGCAUUUCUAUCCACUGAUGCCUAUCCUUUUGACAUUAGUCAGUUAGCUCAGCUCUAAGUAGUAUAAAGACUAAAGAGUUGUAGCCUGUGUAACUUAUCCUAAUCAUCUCUAAAUAAACACUAUUCUGCUACCUCAUUUUGUAUUAGUGUAAUUUAUCUAUGUGAAAUAUGAGUCAAUAUUCUGAACUA